UCACCAAGCCCCAGCCCUGCAGAAGGAAUAGCUAUUUAAGGGCAGUUGGAGUUCAGGGAAAACAAGACAGGCCCUUGGACAGAAAACUGCAGCAGCAUCCCAGAGAGUGACAACAUGAAGGUCCUCUUGCUACUAGCAGCCGUGAUCAUGGCCUUGGGCCCAAUACAGACACAAGGGAGCAUUGCCAAUUUUUGGCAAAUGAUCCUACUUAAGACAGGAAAGAGAGCUGAGUCCAGCUAUGCCUUCUACGGUUGCCACUGUGGCGUGGGUGGCAGAGGAUCCCCCAAGGAUGCGACAGAUCGGUGCUGCGUGGCUCAUGACUGUUGCUACUACCGUCUGGAAAAACGUGGAUGUGGUACAAAAUUUCUGUCCUACAAGUUCAAAUACCAAGGGGGCAAAAUCACCUGCGCUGCAAACCAGAACUCCUGUAGGAAGCAGCUGUGCCAGUGUGACAAAGUCGCCACUGAAUGCUUUGCCCGGAACCGGAAAAGCUACAGUUUAAAGUAUCAGUUCUUUCCCAAUAAGUUUUGCAGUGGGAAGUCGCCCAGGUGCUGAGAGAGGUCACAUCUGGACGCGUCUCCUCCAACACCGCUCCCCAGCCCCACCGAGUUCCCUAGUGAUAAAAAAAAAAAAAAAAACACCCCUCUCCCACCCUAGAGGCAAGGUGGGGCCCUUCUGUCGCCACCCAGAACGAGACACCAAAGCCUGAUGAGUUUGACUGAUCCUUCCCCCCCAUUCUAUUACCUUGGACUGACAGAUUUCCCAUGUCCACCUUCCCCUUCACAUCCAACUUCCUGCCUCUCAGUACCAAAGAGAGUCCUGGGAGGCUCUUACAAAUAAAAUAAUUCAUCAGCGA